AUGCCAGUGGACAUGCAGCCACAUCAGGGGCUCUAUUACUACGAGAACUCCUCCAGUCAGCCCCCCAGAGGCCUCGUCCCGUCAGACCAGCCUCCUUACAGCGAUGUGCCUUCACUGCGAGCCCCGCUCCUUGAUGGUCCUCCCCAGGACUGCCACGCCAUGUAUAAUCCCAUGACUCCCAGCAUGACUCAUGGACCAGGACCAGGGCAGGGGAAUGGCCACUGCUUGAACCAGUAUAUGAGACCACCUCAGGCCCCUCCACCACACAGUAUGUUAAGCCACAGGGGCAUGCCGCCUACAGAAGGUUGCAACAGUGCCUCCUUCUGUAACCAGAACAUGAUGUCUCAUCAUAACUUCUGCCGCUCGCAGCCUGGCUCGGAACUAAUCGAGUCCGGUGACGGCUCGAGGUUCUCGACACCUCGCUCCAUGCUGAAGCUGAGUAAAAAGAGAGCUCUGUCCAUCUCACCUUUAUCUGAUGCCAGUGUAGACCUGCAGACUGUCAUUCGGACCUCUCCUAACUCAUUGGUGGCCUUUGUCAACUCGCGCUGCAACCCCAACGGAGCCAGCUCCUACGGUCAUCUCUCUGUGAGCGCCAUGAGUCCUUCUCUCAGUUAUUCCAGCAACAUAAACUGCCACUCAAGACAACAAGGGUCCAUGUAUGGAGGAAACGGGGGUACACCUUUGGGUGGCCACACACCUGCUCCCUGCCAAGCCUCUCGUUUACCUCCCCACAACCCUCGACUGCAGGCUCCACCCAAACAUGGACACCUGAAAACAGAGCCAGGGCUGGGAGGAGUGAUGGACGGCUUGAAUGUGAAGAGCCUGGAGGAGAGGUCGGAGGCAGACGUAGCCAGUCCUUCUUCCACUGGCACUCAGGAUCAUUUGAUGGGGCUACUGGACGGCAGAGACGACUUGGACAAGGAGGAUGGAAAGCCUGAGCCCGAGGCCAUCUAUGAGACCAACUGUUGCUGGGAGAGCUGCAACAAGGAGUUUGACACACAAGACCAGCUGGUUCAUCACAUCAACAAUGAGCACAUCCAUGGAGAGAAAAAAGAGUUUGUGUGUCACUGGCAGGAGUGCUCUCGAGAACAGAGACCUUUCAAAGCCCAGUACAUGCUCGUGGUUCACAUGCGAAGACACACAGGAGAGAAGCCACACAAAUGCACUUUUGAAGGCUGUAAUAAGGCCUACUCUCGCCUGGAGAAUUUAAAGACACACCUGCGCUCUCACACCGGUGAAAAACCGUACGUGUGUGAACACGAGGGCUGCAACAAGGCCUUCUCCAACGC